AAUGUUUCUGUAAAAACGUCACAGCAGCAUGAUUUUAACCUGUUUCUGCUUCAUGUUUCACCUGCUGAGGCUAACCUCAUGUUAGCAUGUUGGACGAAGGUGCUGAAGAUGAGGAGGAGGGGGGACCAGAGGGACGACAGCGCAACGCUCAUCGCCAUGGAAACCAGCCCGGACAGCAACUACGGCAGCAUCGCCACGAAUGCACCUGGUCAGCAUCGGGACAGAAACGUGUUCAGAGAUGGAUCAACUGGAGUCGACUUUGUGCUGGUAUGGGAGGAGCGUAAAGGUGUUGACUCCGCCCACGCAAAGUUUAGGGAGGAGUUUCUGAAACGACUGAGACGCUGUGGACUGCUGCAGGAGCAGAGGGUGGUCCUCCAGGAGAAGAAGAAGACCUCCUUCAUCCUCCUCAGCGCUCCGUGGAGCCUCCUCUGUUAUUAUGCCGAGGAGAUCAGCCUCAGAGUCCCUCUGCAGGUGGUGGAAGCUCCAAACCUGAACUGGUCUGAACAGGUCCUGUCCAAGCUGUCCCUCCCCAACCCUCUGUCCCAGGAUGUCCCCAACCCCCCAGCCGACUACUACACCUGUCAGUUCAGGACCAACAAGCUGCAGAGGUUCCUGGGCAGCGACCACCAAGAGACCUUCUUCAAGACCACUCAGAGACACCAGGUGCUGUACGAGAUCCUGGCCAGGACUCCGUACGGGUCGGUGAAGAAGGGGGAGGUGGGAAUCGACCGGCUGGUGAGUGAGCAGGUCUUCACUGCUGCCUACCCCCUGCACCAGGGUGACUUCCGGCUGCUCCCCCCGGUACCGCCCAACUGUUUGGGUCUGAGACAGAUCCUGUAUGCGUACUGGGCCCAGUGGUCCUGCUGGAAGCGCUACCAGCCUCUGGACCACAUCAGGGAGUACUUUGGGGAGAAGAUAGCGCUGUACUUUGCCUGGAUCGGUUUCUACACUGCCUGGCUGUUACCGGCGUCUCUCGUCGGCACGGUGAUCUUCCUGAUCGGGUUCGGCCUCAUGGCCACUGAUGUUCCAGCGAAGGAGGUGUGUAACAGUGGAAACAGAUUCAUUAUGUGUCCCAUCUGUAACAUCUGCUCCUACUGGAACUACUCCAGCAUCUGUAGCACCUACAAGGCCGGUCUGCUGUUCGAUAACGGAGGAACCGUGUUUCUCAGCGUCUUCAUGUCUCUGUGGGCCGUCACCUUCCUGGAGUACUGGAAGAGGACCUGCUCGUCUUUGUCCCACCGCUGGGACUGCUCUGACUUCCAGGACAUCGAGGAGCGACCUCGUCCAGAGUUCACCGCCAUGGCUCCGAUGACGGUGAGGAACCCGGUGACCGGAGCAGAGGAACCCUACUUUCCUGAGAAGACGCGCCUCAACAGAACUGUGACGGGCUGCAUGGUGAUCAUCAUCAUGGUUGCCGUGGUGCUGAUGUUCCUCAUCGCCAUCAUUCUGUAUCGCACCAUCCUCAGCAUCGUCAUCUACAAGUCGGACUUCAGCUUCUUCAACUUCUCUGCCGGGAGGAUCGCCAGCCUGUCCGGGUCGGUUCUGAACCUGCUGGUCAUCCUGCUGCUGUCCAGAGUCUACACCGCUCUGGCCCACAUCCUCACCCGCUGGGAGAUGCAUCGCACUCAGACCAAGUAUGAAGACAUGUUCAUCCUCAAGGUCUUCAUCUUCCAGUUCGUCAACUUCUACUCGUCUCCGGUUUACAUCGCCUUCUUCAAAGGCAGGUUUGUUGGUUACCCCGGAAACUACAACACUCUGUUUGGAGUUCGCAACGAAGACUGUGGAGCAGGAGGAUGUCUGAUUGAACUGGCUCAGGAGCUGCUGGUCAUCAUGGUGGGAAAACAGCUGAUCAACAACAUCCAGGAGUUCAUCUCCCCGAAGCUGAAGUCCUGGUGGCAGAAGAGGAAGUUGAGACCUCAGCUGAAGGAGAAGAAGAAGGAGGUGGAUGGAGAGGAGGCUCAGGAGGAGGAGGAGGUCUGUCCCUGGGAGGACGACUACCAGCUGCUGGUCUGUGAGGGACUGUUCAGCGAGUAUCUGGAGAUGGUGCUGCAGUUUGGUUUCAUCACCAUCUUCGUAGCGGCCUGUCCUCUCGCUCCUCUCUUCGCUCUCAUCAAUAACUGGGUGGAGAUCCGUCUGGACGCCCACAAGUUUGUGACUGAAUAUCGCCGGCCGGUGGCGGAGCGAGCUCAGGACAUCGGCAUCUGGUUUCCCAUCCUGCAGUUCAUCACACACAUGGCCGUCCUCAGCAACGCCUUCCUCAUAGCGUUCACCUCGUCCUUCCUGCCUCGUCUGUACUACCGUUACACCAGAGACAGCACGCUGAGCGGCUUCAUCAGCUUCACUCUGGCCACGACUCCACACACCUUCAACCAGCAGCACCACAACGCCUCCUGCAGGUAUCGAGGUUUCAGGGAUGAAAACGGUGAAUAUCUGCCAGAGUACUUCCAUCUCCUCGCCAUACGCCUCGGUUUCAUUAUCGUCUUUGAGCAUGUGGUCUUCUUCAUCGGCCGCCUGAUAGACCUGAUGGUCCCCGACAUCCCUGAAGAGGUGGAGCUGAAGAUAAAGAGGGAGCACUACAUGGCUAAAGAGGCGCUGGCUGAGAACCAGUCUUUGGGGAAAACCAUGAUUCCUGGUCAUAAGGACAUUCCAUCCAGCAGCCUGCGACAGCGUGGAUCCAGAACUUCACCACCACAGAGCGACUCUCCUCCACCAAACCUGAAGGAGAUCCCAGAGGAAAGUGAUCCACCAGGCAGCAGCUGAGAUGAAGAGGAGUCCCACCGCCUCCAUACCUACACAACUGAGAUCCAACAUUCCUUUAGAGGAAAGUCCUACCAUAAAUUUGCAAGAUCUACAAGAACUGUGUGUCUAGAAGAUGUAAUGUUUUAAACCUUUACACAUCCUCCUGCAAGUGGUUCCAAAGACCUCGGCCAGUCAUGGACAAGCUCUAGAAACCCCUAAGUGUUCUGCAAAAGGUCUUGAGGAUCUUCAACAUAUCUAGUCAACAAGUUCUUCAAGAACUCUAGAAGAUUCUCAGUCUUCCAGGUCAUGAUAAUCCCAAGGCUUCAGCAGAAGGUGGCUGAACUUCUUGGUUUUUGAAGACAUGUUAUCUCUAUCCAAUAGGCUUCUCAGUUCUCCCUGAUGGUGGGGAGUCCCAGGUGUUUAGAUCCUUCACUAAUCACAUGAAUCAAGGCUCAUACGGGUCCAGAUGUGACCUUUAGUGAUGCUGCCUCCUUGGGCAGUUGAAAUUGCCCCAUCAAACAGUUUCACCACAAUUCACGCCUCCAGUCUUGUGACUCUUGGGUUUCGGGUUGAGUUUAGUGUGAGAAUAAAUAUCUGGGACUCCACAUCUGUCAGUUAGAACCUGUUGGAUGAAGAACCAAAGAGAACAUCAGCUGCCUUCUAUUCUUCAGGACUUUCAUGGGAACUACAAGACUCCCUCUAAAGUUCUACAAAAUCUAUCAAACAUCUGGUAGACGUCUGGAGGACCUUGUGUUGAAUCUUUACACAUCCUAGAAGAGCUCCUCAAGAGGUCUGCAUUACUGACCAGAUGUUGUAGGACGUCUGCAAGACCUCUGCUGGACCUGUACAAGGUUUUAAAUACAUCUGGUAGAAGAAGAACUGCAGGAGUUGUUAAAUCCCUCAAGAGGUCUGCAAGAGACUGACAACAAGACAUACAAGACAAGACAUGAAGACAAAACGUGCUCCGGUAGUCAUGAGUCCUUACAGGUUCAACCAGGUUUAGACUAGAGUUCCAACCUGGAGCCUAAAGCGUUUUAAACUCUGUCAAAGCUACCUCAGAGAGAACAUUAGCCUCUAAAACAGCUGCACAAGACAUCUGAGUGAGGAUAUUUUAUCAAUGUUCAUCAACAAAACAUUCAAAACUAUUUCACACUGAGACUGAACAUGGAGUUACUGUUACUGAAUAGACAGAUUGUACUUUUAUUAUCUAGAGACUUUAAUAUAUAUGGACACAUAUGCUGAUGGUUGUACUUAUACAUCUAAACCAACAUCUUAGUGAUAAAUUCCUUUCAAUGUUCUUAUGAGAAUAAAUUUCUUACAGCGCUGA